CGCCUCCACCGCCGGCGCUCGCUGCUGCUCUCGCGCCGCUUUCGUCCGCCGCCCACGCAGCGCUGUUCGGCUGCUGCGCUGCGCUGCGCUGCGCCGGCGAUCCGCUCCUUCUCCGCACUGGCCUGCCACUGUCUCGACAUUUGGGCCGGGCGGCCGCGCAGCUUGCCUUGCAACACCCGUCCCGUCGCCGAUACCCACGCCGCACCUCUCCAUCCCCUUGCCAACCCGCAGCCAUGACGAAGCUGCUCAACGCCGCCAUCGCCGCGGCCGCGGUGGCCUACCUCGACGCCAAGCACGGCCUCGCCAACGACGUGCACCUCGGGCGCGCCAACUCGGGCGCCAACAUGAACUUCAAGUGGCGCCUGGCGCGCGGCCGCGCCAGCAUGUACGCCUUCUUCGAGGACUCGGUCAAGCGCCAGCCAGACGACGCCAUGUAUGUGUACGAGCGGCAGACGACGACGUGGAAGCAGGCCGAGCAGAUCGUGCACCGCCUCGCCAACUACCUUCGCGCCCAGGGCCUCAAGUCGGGAGACCGCAUCGCCGUGUUCAUGGGCAACUGCGCCAUGUACCCGCUCAUCUGGCUCGCGUGUCUCAGCAUCAACGUCGUGCCGGCGUUCAUCAACAACGGCCUCAACGGCCCGGGCCUCGUGCACUGCGUCAACGUGUCCAAGGCGCAGCUCGUCAUCUACGAGCCGUCGCUCGAGGGCGCGCUGCGCGAGGUGCAGGACAAGCUGACGUCCAACGGCCUGCUGAAGAAGUUCGUGUGCCUCGACGAUGGCAUCAGCGAGAAGGCUGGUGCGCAUUCGAUCGACCUGCCGAGCGCCCAGUUGCUCGGCCCGGCGGAGCUUGCGGCGCAGAGCGCAAAGGCGCCGCCGGCCAGCCUGCGCGACGGCAUCGACUCGUCGAGCGUCGCCGUGCUCAUCUUUACCAGCGGCACGACGGGCCUGCCCAAGGCGGCACUUUGCUCGCACGGCCGUGUCGGCGCAGCCAUGGCCAUGUGGCCGCGCGUGAACAGCUUCAACAGCAAGGACCGCAUCUACACACCCAUGCCGCUCUACCACUCCAGCGCGGCCUUCCUCUGCAUCGGUGCGUCGUGGUACGCCGGCUCGACGGUCAUCAUUGGCCGGAAAUUCUCGGCGUCGCGCUACUGGGCCGAGGUGCGGGAAAACGACGCUACCGUCAUCCAGUACAUCGGAGAGAUUGCUCGCUACCUGCUCGCCGUGCCGCCGCACCCGGACGACAAGAACCACCGCGUGCGCAUGGCCUACGGCAACGGCAUGCGGCCCGACGUCUGGCAGCGCUUCCGCGAGCGCUUCGGCGUGCACGUCAUCUCGGAGUUCUACGCCUCGUCCGAGGGCAACGGCGCGCUGCUCAACUACAACACCGGUCCGUUUGGCGCGGGCGCCAUCGGCCGGCUGGGCGCGCUGGCACGGCGGGCACGCCCGGACUACAAGAUCGUGCGCGUGGACGCCAUUACCGAGGACAUUGAGCGCGACCCCAAGACGGGCCUGUGCAUCCCCUGUCAGCCGGGCGAGACGGGCGAGUUCCUGAUGCGCAUCAACAAGGACCCGACAGGCGCCUUCAUGGGCUAUGCGGACAACCCGGAGGCGACGAAGAAGAAGAUCCUGGCGGAUGUGUUUGAGAAGGGCGACGCGUUCUUCCGCUCGGGCGACCUGAUGAGCAUGGACCAGGACGGCCACUUCUGGUUCGGCGACCGCAUCGGCGACACGUUCCGCUGGCGCUCGGAGAACGUGUCGACGGCCGAGGUGCAGACGGCGCUGGGCGAGGUGUGCGACGAGGCCAACGUGUACGGCGUGCUCGUGCCGAACCACGACGGCCGCGCCGGCUGCGCCGCCAUCCCCAAGGACGUGGCGGCCAAGACGAACCUCAAGACGCUGGCCGUGCACGCGCGCAAGCGCCUGCCCAAGUAUGCCGUGCCGCUCUUCAUCCGCAUCGUGCCAGCGGCCGAGUCGACGGGCACCGUCAAGCAGCUCAAGGUGGCGCUGCGCAACGAGGGCAUCGAGCACUCCAAGGUCGGCUCGGACCCGCUCUUCUGGCUGCCGCCCAACGCCAACGAGUACGUGCCCUUCAAGCCGGAGGACCACGCGGCCAUCGUCGCCGGCCAGGUCAAGCUGUAGAGCAGUCCCGUCUCCGUCUUUACAUGCUUUGUCCCUCCUACUGCCGGCUGUGCAGCACUCUACCUUCUCCGUCUUGUUCCUGCACUUGAUAACUACAAUACGAUGAUGUCUCGAGGUG